AUGCCAUCACAAUCACGGCCGCUGCGGCUGCCCACACUAUUCGCCCUACUCUUGGGCAUAGCCCUCCUGGUCCUCUCCGCGCCGGUUCUGGCAAGCUCUCCCGACGCAGAGGAAAAUUCGGAGCCAGAUCUGAUAUGUCACACUACCGACCCCAAGGACUGUUACCCACGCGUCUUUGAGGCCACGGACGAGUUCCAAAAGAUCCACGAUGAUCAGGAGCUCCCCCACGGCCUUCACGUGCGCCUCAACAUUUACACGGGUGAAAAAGAGGCCAAGAUCAACGUGCCCGGUGAAGGCGACGCUUCGCUUGAGGGCCUACCGGUGGAGCACGAUGUCGUCGUUGUCGAGCCCGAAGCUCGCGACGAUCCCAUCAUUCCUAAAAGUGCCCCAGUAUACGAGACGGCAGGAAAAAUCAAGGCCCCUCAGCAUGAAGCUAAGGCAUUCGUGGAUGCCAUGAAACUUCUCAAAGCUGAGCGGGGCGAGCAUGAUCCAAGUUUCGAUGCCUCGCUCGAGGGCCUCGAAGAAUUGGCACACGACAUGUACUACGGUCUCAAGAUUGUAGAGGAUCCCGGCGUUGUCAAGUCGCUCGUUUGCCACAUGAUUCAAGAGCCCUACCCUAGCACUGGCAACACCGAGGGCCUUCCACCACGAGACCAGCAGGCGGCUGCCAUCCUCGCCGCCAGCUUGCAAAACAACCCGACUGCGCUGGCCGAAGUCAGCAAGCAGUGGCCCGCAAUUUUGGAGCACUACUGCCCCGAGGGCAUGGCGCCUCUGUCUAGCGAACUCUUCCGCGGCAUCGGGCCUCGCCCUGUCCAGGACGCUGCAGAGGACGCGGCGGCGGCGAAGCUGAUCAAGGCCCGGGUGGCCGCCGUCAGCGGCCUCAUCAAGGACCCGGUCAUCCGUGCCGACUUUUUACGCUUCGACCUCAUGGGGGAACUAGCGCGCGUGCUCGCCCGCGAGGGUAAGGAGUGGACGACGGCACAGCGAAAGGUCGGCCUCUUCGCCGUGGACAACUUUCUCGACGAGGACAUGGGCGCCGUUGCUGGGCAGUGGCCCAAGGCUCCGAAGCUGACGGACGAGCAGUGUAGCGAGGCGGGCUCGCAGGCUCCCGAGGGCUGCUGGGACUACCACGUCGCCCGCAUCGCCAAGGCGAACAAGGGCGACAAGGGCCAUUGGAGCAGAGACCUUCAGGCGCGACUGGUGGCGGCGCGAAAGGGCAGCACUGCACCAUCUCAGCACGUGGAUCUGUAG